GAAUUAGCUGGCUUCCAAUAAUUUCAUUAGACGAAAAUCCUUUAGUCAUAAAUCGAAUAUUUUGAUCAUGAACAAACUGAAUUGCGUCUGUAUAGGUGUGAGUGUGACUCAAGAAAAACAUCGUACUCACACCCGCACCUAUGACCACACCCACACACUCACAGUCACACUCAUAGUCUUCGCUAAUUGGAUACAAAUUUUGCUUUGUUUUGAUUGUAUAUAUGUUCGAGAUUUUGAUUUCUUUUAAAUUAUGAUAGACUAAUUGGCUUCUGUCAUGGUACUCGAAUUUCGAUUAAAAGUCUCUGAAAAAUUCUCUGAAUAAUCAGUUUCAAAAAUUACUACAUCAAAAUUUAAUUUCAAGACAGUCUAUUGUUAUUAUCGGAUCUACAUCCAAAUUUUGCAAUAGAUAUCUCGUUCGUAAAUAAGCAAAACUUGUACACGUCUUUGUAGAUUUUGUAGGGAUGAAAAUAUCCAAAGCUUUAUUCCUUUAUUGAACAGCGGAGCUAAUUUCGGAUUGCUAAUAAUUGUGAAUACUUUCCAUUAUAAAUGAUAUUCGUGUUGUUGAAUGUUCAAAAGUUUUUCUUUCUAGACUUUUUGGCAGCAUUAGUAAUAAUGGUAAUAACUUUAUGUUUGAGUUGUAGUAUUUUUCUCUAUUCACCUAAUCAUCCAAAUCCGAUUACAACAAUACGUGCAUUUUGCAAGACACGUCCAUAUAUACUUCGGUCGACUAUUAUAAUGAGACGUUGGAUGAUAACUAUUGCUUGUCUUAAUCGAUAUGCAUCAAGUUCAAGAAAUGCUCGUGUACAACUAUUUGUACAAGUGCAUGCCGCACGUCAUAUGAUUCUUAUUGUUACUGGCGGUUGA